CUGGCUUGGAACGCUCAAGUUGCACCGUUUGUCCUUGCCUGCUCGCUAUCCACACCGGAUUCUUCCACUCAUUUUAGCCUUGAAAUGUGCUGAAUAUUCCACAAAAGCAAUGGACGGAAAUCCUCUUGUGGCAGAGGCUUCUUGGAAGCCUCUGACGAGCAUGGAGCUGCGCAGUCUCUCCCGCGAGGAUAGAAGUUCGCAAGAUGCAUACGAAAUGUCUUUGUUAGGACGUGAUCAGGAGCUAAACCGUAACUUUCGGUUCAUUUCUACCCUGGGAUUUGCGUGCACGUUGAUGAGCACGUGGGAGAUUUCUCUGAUGACAAGCUUCUAUGGGCUUCUGAAUGGAGGUCCUGCUGGUCUUGUGUGGGGCUAUUUAAUAACAUGGGUCGGAUACUCCCUAGUGUUUGCCUCGAUGGCCGAAUUUGCCUCUAUCUCUCCAACAUCAGGAGGCCAGUACCAUUGGGUGUCCGAGUUUGCGCCUGCUAAGGCACAAAAGUUUUUGAGUUACACCACUGGAUGGGUCUCAGUGUUGGGCUGGCAGGUUGGCCUCACUUCGCUAGCAUUCCUUGCUGGAACCAUGAUACAAGGUCUGCUUGUCCUUACGAACCCACAAUACGCAUUCGAGCGGUGGCAUGGCACCCUUCUCGUAAUCGCCAUAGCGGCAUUCUGCAUGAUUUUCAACACUGUGCUGGCGAAAAAGCUCCCUAUGGUCGAAGGCCUGGUCCUCUGCAUACAUAUCUUGGGAUUUGCUGGCGUCCUUAUACCACUUUGGGCAUUCGCGCCACUUAACAGCCCAAGUCGUGUCUUCACAGAGUUCCUCAACCUCGGUGGAUGGGACACAAAAGGCUUGAGCUUCUUUGUGGGUCUUCUGUCCCCAAUCUACACGCUGAUUGGGGCUGAUUCGGCUGUACACAUGUCCGAGGAAAUAAGGAACGCAUCGUUGGUUCUCCCCAAGGCGAUAAUGUGGGCGGUGUUCAUUAACGGAAGCAUGGGAUUCGCCAUGAUCAUUACAUUCUGCUUCACCAUUGGCGAUGUUGAGGAACUUUUACACUCCCCAACAGGUUUUCCUUUCAUACAGGUAUUUUAUGAUGUAACUCAGAGCUACUCCGGUACAUCAAUCAUGACAGCACUACUAGUUGUUAACAUAACAUCCGCGUGUAUCUCAACCGUUGCCACGGUCUCACGUCAAACAUGGGCAUUCGCUCGAGACAAUGGCCUUCCAUUCUCAGCGUUCAUUGCCCAUGUCAAACCGGGCUGGAACAUACCUCUCAACGCCAUCCUCGUUACCUUUGUGAUCACAGCCGUCCUCUCGUUGAUCAAUAUUGGCUCUACGGUCGCAUUCAACGCCAUAGGAUCACUUUCAGUCAGUGCUUUGCUCGGAACUUACAUACUAUCCAUCACUUGCCUGGUGAUUCGCCGUCUUGAGGGACCACUCCCUCAUCGCCGUUGGUCUCUUGGCUUCAUGGGGCUGUUUGUCAAUCUUGGGGCAAUCAUGUUUUUGCUUGUGGUUUGGGUCUUCUGUUUCUUCCCAAUUUCGCCACAAGUCACACCCGAGACCAUGAACUGGAAUUCGGUCAUGUUCUGUGGCGCCAUGUUCUUCGCUAUGCUUUAUUAUCUCCUUCACGGACGCAAAUAUUAUACGUCUCCGAGGAGCUUGGUCAAAAGAAACGGUUGA